UCCGUGUCACAUUUACGUGACAGACGCGUAGGCAGUUGGUAAUAACUGCUCUCAUUUUCGGAAUAUUCAACACGAAAAGAAUUUUAGUUAACCUUUCAAACUAGUUUCAGUGUUUUGUACAAUAUAAAUGAAAAAUAAUAUUUUUUUUUUAUAUUUCAAGUGAUAAAUAAAACACAAAAUAUAAUAAAAAUUUAAAGUGAAUUUGCAAAAUAUUAAAACUAAAUAACUAACAAGCAUGAGAAAUCUCACAAAUAGAAUUAUUUACUAAAUCGAGCUGAAAAAAUGAGUUCAGCUAAAAUUUAGUAAAAUAAAUUUCGCCAAAAAAUUAAAUAAAAGCCGACUACAAUAAAAUAAUUAUUUUAUAAAGUGCACUUAAGCCCACCAACUCAACAUGCAGCCUAGCAAGUAUGUAGGCCUUGUGGCCGAUUUGAUGCCCAACAUUCGACUUAUGAAAUAUUCGGGCCUCUUCAUGCACAAUUUCACCGGCGGCUCUGGGCUCUUCAAGAAGAUUUACUCGUCCAUACACCUGGUGUUGGUUGUGGUGCAAUUUCUGUUGAUAUUGGUGAAUUUGGCUCUGAAUGCCGAGGAGGUGAAUGAGUUGUCCGGCAACACAAUUACGGUGCUCUUCUUCACGCAUUCCAUAACCAAAUUCGUCUAUCUGGCUGUUAGUCAGAAGAACUUCUACAGAACGUUGAAUAUCUGGAAUCAAGUGAACUCGCAUCCUUUGUUCGCCGAGUCGGAUGCGCGCUACCACGCCAUCGCCCUCGCUAAGAUGCGUAAACUAUUCACGUUGGUGAUGCUGACGACCGUCGCCACAGCUGUGGCCUGGACCACCAUCACCUUCUUUGGAGAGAGCGUAAAAUUCGCCGUCGACAAAGAGACCAAUUCGACCAUCACCGUGGAAAUACCGCGCCUGCCUAUUAAGUCCUUCUAUCCGUGGAAUGCCGGUGCCGGCAUGUUUUACAUGAUCAGCUUCGCUUUUCAAUGUUACUAUCUGCUCUUCUCCAUGGUGCAUUCGAAUUUGUGUGACGUACUCUUCUGCUCGUGGCUGAUAUUCGCCUGCGAACAGCUGCAACAUUUGAAAGGCAUUAUGAAACCACUAAUGGAGCUGUCAGCCUCGCUGGACACCUAUCGACCAAAUUCGGCGGCACUCUUUCGUUCAUUAUCCGCCAAUUCGAAGUCGGAAUUAAUCAACAAUGAGGAGAAGGAACCCACUGAUCUGGACAUCAGCGGUGUCUAUAGCUCCAAAGCCGAUUGGGGCGCACAAUUUCGUGCGCCAUCGACGUUGCAGACCUUCAACGGCAUGAACGGCACCAAUCCGAAUGGCUUGACCAGAAAGCAGGAAAUGAUGGUGCGCAGCGCCAUUAAGUAUUGGGUCGAGCGGCAUAAGCAUGUGGUGCGAUUAGUUGCAGCCAUCGGUGAUACUUAUGGCGGCGCUUUGUUGUUGCACAUGUUGACAUCCACCAUUAUGCUGACGUUGUUGGCAUAUCAGGCCACAAAGGUCACUGGCGUCAAUGUUUACGCAUUCACCACCAUCGGCUAUUUGGGCUAUGCUUUGGCGCAGGUAUUUCACUUCUGCAUAUUUGGCAAUCGGCUCAUUGAGGAGAGCUCAUCCGUCAUGGAGGCAGCCUAUUCGUGUCACUGGUAUGAUGGCUCCGAGGAGGCCAAGACUUUUGUGCAGAUCGUUUGCCAGCAGUGCCAAAAGGCGAUGUCCAUAUCAGGAGCGAAGUUUUUCACCGUCUCGUUGGACUUGUUUGCAUCGGUUCUUGGCGCUGUGGUCACCUACUUCAUGGUGCUGGUGCAAUUGAAGUAGAGAAUAACAACUACAACAACAUUAAAGAUCAAAACGCUGCAACGCAAUAAGAAGUUAAUACAUACAUCAUAUAUAGCAACAACAACAAUGAUAAACAAUGUAAAAAGUGCAUCAGUCCAACACAGUCGCAGAGCAUUAUUGGCAACAUUCCCUUGAAUAACUUGUGUGAACCUAUGUGGCGUGUAAUGCAUUGGAUUAAAACAAUAACAAUAACUGUGCCUAUAUAGCAUUAUAAUACUUUAAUUUGUCAACGUUAACUUUUAUCUGACAGGGCAUUUUUAAUGGAAUUAAUUCAGUGUUUAUGUCCACGUGAGUCUUACAAAUAUACUGACGAGUAAAAUUUUAGCAUGAAGAAAGAACAAUUUUUACUAUACUUGUACUAUUUGGGCCUUGUAAAAAAGUAAUCAAUAUUAAUUAUACGACAGAUCCGGCAAGACUCUAAAAAAAUCAGCUUUCGUAAGCUUUAUUUUGAAGUGAAUCCUAUGUAAAUAUUUUUUCUAUUUAUUUUCGUUAAGUUUUCGUUUUUGUUUAUAUGCUAACCCUAAUUCAAACCAAUAUCAAUAUUGACUUUUUUAAAACUUUUUUAAAGACUCCCUUAAACACAACUUAACACUGACAAUUCGAUAACUAAUAUUUCAGACUUUUUUUCGCAAAGGCUGUCAAAAGUUGUUCUAGUUUUACGGAAUGUACUGCUAAAUAUUAGGCGUGUUUUAUUUGACCAGCAAAUUAAGCUAUUAGCUUAUUUUGUAUGGAAGACUUAGCCAACAUAAUUAUGUUGGCUUGUCAUAAGCUAUCAUAGCUUGUAUAUUGAACUAGAGGCAUUGCCAGUUCAUCGUUUUUUUUCAUUCACAAUAGUUGGGUUUUUUCCAAAAAAUGUAGUUGGCAAUAGCGAGAAACCCCAUUUUGACAGAUAAAAAUGUAAACAAACCAAAAUUUUAAAUUCUAUCGAACUUUAACUUUUUUUAUUUAGACCAUCCCGGAUCUAAUAAUGAUUGUAGAUUCCUUAAAAGCUCAGAAUAUUAUAGAAAAGCGGUAAAAAAAGGAAAUUUGAUUUAUAAAUUCAACAUUUUUUUUUACAUAAAUUACAUUUCAGCUGACAGUUCGGGCCCGCAUUGCUAACACUAUUCAUUUUUAAGCGAAGAUAUGAAAUAAGCUAAAUGCGUUUUAUUUGUCGAUGAUUUAGCUAUUAGCUUGUGGUGGUCAAAUAAAACACACCUAAUAUCAAUAAUUAUCCUGCAGAUUUUCUUGUGGAUACCGUUGAUUUGUGUCUCAAUAUUUGUGUGCUUUAAUAUUAUAUUUACUAGUUUUAUAUAUUUUUAGAAAAUCUUUUUGAUGUUAUGCAGUUUUAUGAAACGUGCACAUUGUAUUUAUCAAAUUUGAAUUAUGUAACUAUGCCAUAAGUCACCGUAAAACACGCGUAGAAUAAUUUUCUUUAGUGAAGAGUACAAUAAAGGAAGUAGUGAUUCACUUGACUACAAAAACAAUAUGAA